AUGAAUAGACUCAUCCAAUUCCUAUCGGUAAACCCACACAUCCGCCAUGGAACCCCAGAAUCCCCUGGCUUUGCGGAACUUCGCGAGCAGUUCGUUAUUCAGGAAACUAGAACCCCGGGAAUAAUCGUACGCCCACGUACUAUCGAGGAUAUUGCUUCAUUGGUAAAAAUUCUGACAACAAGCAAUCUGCCUUUCAGUGUCCGGGGAGGCGGACAUGAUAUGUUCGGUCGAACCGUUGUACAAGAUGGUGUCUCGAUCGAUAUGCGUGAGGUCUCUCAUAUAUAUGUCGACAAAGCCUCUCAUACUGCACAAGUUGGUGGUGGGGUGAUAAAUUUGGAUCUCCACCGAGAGCUUGAUAAGCAUAAAAUGACAACCGCCCACGCAGUGACACCAAGUGUCGGAUAUACUGGGUGGGCUAUUCAUGGGGGAUACGGUCUUUUGAGUAAUAACUACGGGCUUGGAUCGGAUCAGAUCGUAGGCGCCCGGGUAGUGGAUGGACACGGCAACAUUGUGGACGCCGACGAGACUUUGCUCACGGCCAUCCGAGGAGGGGGUGGAUCUGUGGCAGUUAUUUACGAACUUCUCAUCAAGGUUUACCCUUCAGAAAAGAUACUUGGGGGAUUCUUCGGCUACCAAUCGGCAGAUUUAGUCGCCACGAUACGUCAGUAUAAUGAGAAUUAUCGCAAGCUCAAAGAAGAGGGAAUCCCACCUGCCAUGAGCUUAUAUCAAGCUGUGAUGGAUGGGCCAGAAGGAAGGGCAUUCACGGUUUUUGUGAUUUGGUCUUCAUCCAAUCUCGAAGAAGGCCAAAAGUGGGUUGACAGAGUAGCCGGACUGGCUCCUAUUGCGGUCAAAAACGUCACGACAACUACGAUCUUGGAAUUCAGUGAGGUAGCUGCGACUAUCACAGAGAAAACAUCAUAUGCUACAAUUUUCUGUCCUGGAUUCUACGAUUUGACACCCGAGGUUGUUGAUAUAAUUGGCACUUACGCAAAAAGUCGACCCAAAUACUCAGGACCUGCAUUAGGCAUACAUGAGCUCCGUGCGGAGGCACCCCGAGAAUUUGCAAACUCGGUGUUCAACGCAAGGGAUCCGCAUUUCCUCGUCGAAAUUCUUCCCUUGUCUUCCUCUCUAGAAGUCUUUGAGGAAUUGCGGGAGUGGGGCCAGCGCUUUUACGAUGCUCUUAUGAAGACAGACCCAGCCAACAUUUACCCCAUUUCGUAUAUUCCACUGAGUCCAGAUGAGAGAUUGGAUUUGAAGGUCAUCUAUGGUAAUCGUUAUGAGACUCUCAAAAAGGCCAAGCAACAAUAUGACCCAAAGAAUGCCUUCAAACACUCAGUCGUGCGGCCCUGA